AUGAAUAAUAGUAAAAGCAGUAGUACUUUACCAGAAUCAAUGCAGCGUAUGAUUACACCUCAUUAUGAGCAGAUCGUCAAUGAAAUUGAAAAUAUUUAUCAUCAUCCUGACAUAGGACUUGUUACGAUGGCCCGAUGGCUUGAUCUAUCUAUUAUGGCACCAAAUAAGAAGAUAAGUAUAUUACUCAUCGGCAAUCACAGUGCUGGUAAAUCAUCUCUUGUCAAUUGGUAUAUUGAAGAUAAUGUUCAACGUACUGGAGUAGCUAUUGAAACUCAAGGUAAAUCAAUUGAAAUAAAAUCAUCACUUGCAAUCAUUACAUUUACAUUUGUAGGUGUAUCCAUUAUUACCAGUGGUAAAAGACGAGAGUCACUCAUGGGUCCAGCAACAAUGCGUUUAUUUCCUUAUCUUCAUCCAUUGGGAAAUAUUCCUGGUCUUCUUAACUAUUUAACUACGGAAAUAUCUUCAUCAAAACAAAAGAAAUUUCCACUUGUUUCAUUUAUCGACACACCAGGUCUUGUCGAUGGUGCUAUGGCAUAUCCAUUUGAUGUUGAACAAGCAAUUCUUUGGCUUGGUGAUCAUGUUGAUCUUAUAUUUGUUUUAUUUGAUCCCAUUGGUCAAGCUUUAUGCAAACGAACAUUAACACUUGUUGAACAACUAAAUAAAUCAAAUCCAGAAAAGAUGCAUUAUUAUUUAGCUAAAGCUGAUGAAGCUGGUAGUGAUCGUGAUCGACAUCGUGUUCUUAUGCAAAUUGUACAAAAUUUAUGUCGACAACCAGAAAUUUCCAAAACGAAUUUUGAUAUGCCAACUAUUUAUUUACCUGAUUUAGCUAAGGAAACACGCUGUACAAAUCAAAUUCAUGAAGUUUGUUCAACAAUCGAUCAUGCUGUUUUCAGUGGGGUACAAAAAUCACUCAAUACAUUAUAUAACGAUUGUAAACGCUUGGAACAAUGUAUUAAUGAACGAUUAGUUUUACAUAAAAAAACUCAAAUUAAACAUCGAUCAUGGAAUAUUAAAUUAUCCAUUGUUCAGUUUAUUUCAUUAUUACUUGUUAUACUUUCAUCCAUAUUACUUUUGAGACGAUAUCUUGAAACAUCUCAUUUAAAAAUUCCAAUUGCAUUUCUUGAUGAGUCUUCAACAUCAUGGCAAAUCAAUUCUACUCUUAAUUCAAUUGAUGAUUUUCUUUUUUAUCCAGCUUAUUCAUUAUUAUUACUAAUUAUAUUUAUUAAUGGACUUAUUUUUUUUAUUGGACGUUUUAUAAAAAACCGUCAAAAAGAUGUUCUUAACGCUCGAGAAAAAAAGAUGUUUAUAACAUUUCAACAUCAUCUUGAAACAAAUGUCGGUGUUAAACAGAAAAAUCUUUAUGAAUCAUUUUUGGCUGAAGCAAUUGAUUAA